AUGUCCAACGUUCCUUCUCAUCUUCCCGGCGACCUUGGCGAGCAUGACCCUCGCCGUGAGGCCCACCCCCAGGGCAACAUCCCUCACUCUGGUGGUCAUGAAGUCAAGAUUGGUUCGAGCGAGCAGCAGGGCAUCAAUGACGAGGCCACCGCUGCCAAGCACAGCCAUAACAGCGACCCCAGAACCGACAACACUGCUGAGCACGCCCUCGAGGGUGGCUCCGUCGAGUCCAUGGACCGUCAGAAGCGCCAGCACAACUCCAGCAUCCCCGGCGGCCGCACUGGCCACGAUGGUGUUGACGACCACCUCACCCGUGGCGGUCUUGAGCAGGGCAGCCAUGGCUCCAACGCUGGUCUCACCGGUAACCACGGCUCAGGCCUCACUGGCAACCACAGCUCCACCUCCGGUCUGACUGGCUCAGGCCUCACUGGCUCAGGCCUCACCGGCUCCAGCACCCACCACCACGGCUCGACUGGCUCAGGCCUCACUGGCUCCAGCACCCACCACCACGGCUCGACUGGCUCGGGUUUGACCGGUGGUCUCUCUCAGUCUGGCACUGAGCCCAUCUCUGGUGUCAGAGGUGCUGGUGUUGGCGGUGCCCCAUACGAUGCUGGCAACCUCCAGUCAUCUGGCUUCAGCGGCUCCGACCCCCAGGAGCGUCACCAGCUCCACCACGGCACUGCCCACCACGCUCACGACUUCAGCCAUGAGCACACCACCCGCACCGGCGCUCUCCUCGACCCUGCCAACGGUAGAGACACUGGCAUUCCCGGCUACGCUGGCGGUGCCACCACCGGCACUGGCCUUACCGGCUCUUCGCACACAGGAACUGGUCUGACCGGUUCUUCUCACACCGGCACCGGCCUCACUGGCUCGCACACCGGCACCGGCCUCACCGGGUCAUCCCACACCGGCACCGGCCUCACUGGCUCGCACACCGGCACCGGCCUUACCGGCUCUGAGGGCCUCCUCCGUGAGGGUGAGCGUGCUGUCCACACUGGCACCCACGGCUCAACUGGUUCCGGCCUCACUGGCACCCACGGUGCUACCUCUGGUCUCGGUUCCUCAACCACCGGCGCCGGCUACGGCCAGACUGGCACCACUGGCGAGCGUCUUAGAGAUGAUGUCCGCCAGGGAGAGCACGUUGUUGGCUCCACCGGUCACCACGGCUCCACUGGAUCUGGCCUGACCGGUUCCACCACCGGCCGCGAGACCACUGGUGAGCGCCUCAGAGAUGACGUCCGCGAGGGCGAGCACGCUACUGGCCACAACACCACCGACACCACCAAGACCAAGACCAAGCCUUCCCUCUUGGACAAGCUUAACCCCCUCAAGGAUGCCGACGGUGAUGGCAAGAAGGGUUUCAUGAAGUAA